GAUCAUCUGGCGGGCCAAGUCCAAAUUCAUACACCACGGCCUACGAGAGUGAUUCCAGUGCCUUUCUCGGUCGUUUGCCAGUCAUAUGACGAAAGGCUUGCUCUUGAAUAUUGGCUCUGGAAGCGGUGCGGGAAUAUGGUGGCCUAUGAUGGCGCACAGAACCCAUACCGCAAGUUUUCCAUGAUGGCAAUGACCUCGCCUCUGGUAGGGAACACUAUCGUCUCGCACGCAAUCGAAUGGAUGUUCCACUGGGGCCGAGUCAGUGCUGAAAGAACUCUGCAGCGACAGCAUCUAGCCUUAGAUUCUUUGAGAAAGGCUAUCGGCGGAAUGAAUGUGGAUUUGACCUCGAACAGGAUCGAGAUUCAACGCGACUCAUCUCCCAGCGGUCAACAAUGUUUCCAAACGGAUCUAGUGAUGCUGGCCGCGGUGUUGAUGCAGGUUGCCAACAGCUUCUUCAUAGGCUUGGUUGGCGUCGACGUUCAUCUCAAUAUCGCUCUACAUUUCCUCCAGAGCUUGAACAUCCUCGAUACACCAUGCGAAGGGUUUGUCCUGCGGUUCUUACUCCAGCGCUUUGCCAUGCUGGACAUUACGACUUCAUUGACGCAAAACCGACGGCCCUACCUGUCCCUAACCUGUUGGUUUCUCUGGCCCGAUCCUAAAUUGGACGUGUCAGAACCGCCAUUCCGCGAGAUGACGGGUUGUCCCCAGCCGCUCUGGGUGUUUUUGGCGCGCCUUUGUCACCUGAGAUCCGACUUGUCCGACGAAAGCGGGUCGUUCUCCAAGGGACUGGCUGCUGCCUUUCAGAUCGAAACGGAGCUGCGAGUGUAUGGCGAAAGUAUGGCUGUGUUGGACUUAAACGGUGACUACGCAAGAGAAUCCGGACCAGAAGCUAUCUACUAUCACACCUUGGGCCAGUGUUGGUAUUGGUGUGCGCAUUUGGUGUUACAGCUCCAAAUCUACAAGGAUCCCAAAUGGUCCCCACGAGUGCAAGAGACAGUCACUAUCAUUAUGACCUUGAUGAAGACGAUCCCGGUUACUUGUAACCCUAGUUCGCGGACAUCUACUCCGCUGUGUCUAUUAGCAAGUGGUGUCUGCGCGCAGGAAGAUAAGAAGUGGGUAACGGAGAGAAACGACGAGUUGAGGAAGGUAUUUCCUUGUAUGACGAGAGACGAGACCAUGACUUUGAUCCAAGAAACAUGGCAAGAAUGA